AGGAUGUUGUAAAUCACAGCAGAUGUUCCUUUUCCUCUUCCGUGGCCCCUCCCCGCCCGCAACUCCACUUUUACUUGCUGCAAACUCAGGGAUGGUUUCUAAUGUUUCCCCUGCAGCAAGAGCGCCAGAUCCCGGUGACUGUUCCUGAUUGCAAGAGAUCCUCUGCAGGGAGAUGAAUCGGAACGAACUGCAUUGCCCCCCAUGGGAAAGUCUGGAGAAAGUGGAAGUACAUCGCAUUACGUUGGGAGAAUCAGAACAGAGUUUCCCCCAGUGCUGGGAGAAGAGGGAUCCUGCCAUGAAUGAGCCGGUGCUGGAAAAGGCAAACCAUCCCAAUAUCAUUAGAGUGGAUGAAGGCCUUGCUCAAGGGGCUGUCUACAGGAAGCUUCACGAGGCCCCGCUCCAACCAGUAACCAACAAGGGGAAGGGCAAAAAUGUUUGUGCCGAUUGUGGGAAGAGUUUUAGGUGGAACUCCAGGCUGGUGGCUCAUCGGAGGCUGCACACAGGAGAGAAGCCAUACAAAUGCUCUCUCUGCGGAAAAAGCUUCCGCCGGAAUGCACAUCUCUACACUCAUCACAGGAUCCACACAGGGGAGAAGCCGUACGAGUGUUCUGACUGUGGGAAAAGCUUCAACGACAGAUCGACCUUCCUGAAGCACCGAAGAACUCACACGGGAGACAAACCCUACAAGUGCUUCAGCUGCGGGAAGAGCUUCAUCCAAAGCUCACACCUUUAUCGACAUCAGAGAACCCACAGCAGAGAUAAACUCUAUGAACUGACAGUGGGAAUGGCUUCAGAGCUAACAGAUCUCGCAGGCAACAAAUCUAGCAACAUCUAAGAGAAUCAACAGAGGUGAACCAAUGAUGUCAUCUUGGACUCUUGCCAUAGAGUGUGUGUGUGUGUUUGUGUGAAAGAGAGAGAAUGAACAAAUGAACCAUCUCAGGAGAAAAGAAUCACCUGCAGGUAGAGAAGUGGGAUUUCUGGAAAAUUUUGAAAUGGAAAAAUUCCUGGAAAAAAAUUCUGGCCCAAUCUGUUCUUAUUUGCAUAAAUUUUGCAUAUUUUUCCAGAAAAUUUAACUAUGUGGAUUUUGUAGUUGCCUUAAAUGGAUUGUGAUCUGUUGUUUGAUCUAUAUAUUUCCUAAGAAAACAUCACCACAUUAAUUUCUCACACUGUAUCUCAAAGUUUUUCAAGCAGUUGAACUGAAAUAUUUGAUUGUGGGGGAAAUCAGUAAAGACCAUUCAUGUGGUUUAAACAUUAUACAAAAUAACUACAAAGUGGAAAGUAAUUUAGAAAUGAAAAAGUUUGGCACAGGGGGAAAAAAGUAUGCAACCAUUUUCUCUUUUGGUAGUAUUCUGUGAAACAUUUUCAUCGCCACAACUCUUGUCUGCAGGAAAGAAAAAUAUGUUGGAUUAUGUUUCAUUCAUACUGGAAUGCCUCAAGAGUCCUUGUGAUCUGAAUGUUAAAUGGGAAAGGUGCAACAGGAAAUAUGACAUCUACUAUUUUCCAACUGCCAGCUUGCCACGAAUGUGGUCCAAGGCUUAGUUCUCAUGGAGGCAAUAAUCCUAUGUUUCAGCUAUACCACUUCAUAUUUUAAGUGGAAACUCAGAUGGCUGAAUGAGCUUCCCCAAAUUAUCCCUACGCAGCAAAACUGGCCUUUUAGGCAGAAGGAUUCAUAUGUAGCUUCCCCCCCGACAUGCUAGCUUUCCAAGUGCAAGGAAUCUGAAUGUUCCUCUGUGCCCAAAAUUCCCUGCACUAGAAAAGCUAGCUUGGCAGGAGAGAGGAUUUUAGCUUAACCUUCUCCCUGACAUGCUAGAAAAACAGCAUGUCAGGGAACCGUCUAGGAUAGAGUCCGAAGAGUUAUUUAACUGGAACUUCCAGCUACCUGCUGUUGUUUCUAAGUAUUUAGCAAAACCAUUGGAAGAUCUGGUUCCAGAUCUCUUGCUCCCUAUCCGUUUUGGCCUUAGGCCACCCAAACAUGGAAAUUAACUAUCUAUAAAGUUGAAUGGUUAACAAAAUUGUUAAUGUAACCCUUUUUAACUAGUUGAAAAAGGUUAAGUUCAAUGUUCAAGUACAAGUAAAUCUGAUUUUCCUAGAGCUUUUCCUGACACACUUGUGAGGAGAGUUGGUCUUGUGGUAGCAAGCAUGAAUUGUCCCCUCUGCUAAGCAGGGUCCACCCUAGUUUGCAUUUGAAUGGGAGACUACAUGUGUGAGCACUGUAAGAUAUGUACACUAGAGAUGUACAUAUCAGACGGUAUAAAAAUGAUAAAUAAAUAAAUAUUCCCUUUCGGGGAUGGGAAGAGCACCUGCAUACUUGCAUGCAGAAGGUUCCAAGUUCCUUCCCUGGAAACUUCAGAUAAGGCUGAGACGCCUGCCUAUAACCUUGGAGAAGCCACUCUCAGUCUGUGUAGACAAUCCUAGAUGGACCAAUGGUCUGACUUGGUAGAAGGCAGCUUCCUAUGUUCACCCACACACUAGAACUCCACAUGAUUUUCUUUACUGAAACUCUAGGAUGUUGUUUGAGAGUCAGAGUAGUGUGCCUUCUUAUGGUGAGAUAUGAUCUCUCAGAAACUACAAGUCUCAUUUUCUAUGCACUUCCAGGAGAAGGCUUUGGAACUCAUUUUGACUGCAUAAGAAAUGGAUGCUGUUUAUCCUACCAGAGAUGUUUGCCCAGUGGGAUUUUGUUAAAGACCGUUAUUGUGGAAUUCUGGACUUUUUUUAGACAAGUGUUAAGCCCCCUUAAAUCACAAUCAUUUCAUAUUAAAAUACAUGUAUCACAGUAUUUCUUGAUUGGAAUAAAUGUUUUAAAACAUAUGAAAAAA